CGAUACGUUGGAAAAUGUAUCCAGUGAAGCUAUUACCAUUGUACGUUGAAAUGAAAAGGGUUGUAGUGCUAUCUAGUUGGCUAAUCUUAACGUUUUGUUUCAGACAUCACGGGCUGCGUUGUUUGUUAUCUCUCGACUGGCUCAUCACUCGGAUCUAAUAUCUUACUUGGCUGGACAGGCCGCUCUAUUAUGAAGGUUAUAAUUGAUAGAAUGUGGUCAUAUUUUUUUUUUUUCCCUUUUGGUUUCCGGGCAUCGUCUUUAAUCGAACAUAAUAUAAUCUAUUAUUUUUUUUCCUUCUUCUUUUUUUCUCAUCCUCUUUCUUUCUCCCUCCCAACCAACCAUGACUGAGGCUUAUGUCACUUUGCUAGUGACUGACUCGUAUGCUCCUGGCGCACUUGUGCUUGCCCAGCGUUUACGAGAACUAGGUACCACUCGCGACAUUGCUGUCAUGGUGACAGCCAAUGUGUCGGAGACCAUUCGAAAGGAUCUCAGGUUGGUGUUUGAUCGCAUCAUUGACAUUGACAAGCUGGACUCGGGACAAGCGGAUAACUUGGCUUUGCUGGGAAGACCCGAGCUGGGUGUGACGUUCAGUAAGCUGCAACUUUGGCAGCUCGACUAUGACAAGGUGGUGUUUUUGGAUGCGGAUGUGUUGCCUAUGCGAUUGGUGGAUGAACUAUUUGAUCGACCUGAGUUCAGUGCGGCACCCGACGCUGGAUGGCCAGAUUGCUUUAAUUCUGGGGUAUUUGUCGCUGUCCCAAACAAAGAUACCUACCGGCAAUUGUGUGAUCUAGCGGCGUCCAAGGGUUCCUUUGACGGAGGCGAUCAAGGUUUACUCAACACUUAUUUUUCAUCAUGGUCAACCAAUUCGUCUGACCACAGACUACCCUUCAUCUACAAUACCACGCCUACCGCAGUUUACAGUUACGUGCCAGCUUACCAUGUCAAUCGCGAUAACAUCGCCAUUGCUCACUUUAUUGGCACCACUAAACCAUGGCAUAGUCCUCCUCCACCGUCCAAUGCAUCGCAAGAUAAAUAUGAUCUUGUUCAGCAGUGGUGGAAUGUUUAUAAUCGCUAUUACGGAGAAUCCACUACUCCAAGCACUCCAUCCGUGGCUGCUCCACCUCCUGUUGCUCCUCCAACCGAGUCCCUUCCUAUCUCCUCCUCCAUCGCACCACCCACUUAUGACCCUGCUGUCCCUCCUCCGUCUCAGGUUCAACCCGUCUUCCCGUGGGAGCAGACCCGUGCCUCUCAUUGUACGCGAGUAUGGUAUGAUUAAACGCCAUUGUAUUAUGUAACAGUAAAGACCCUUUUUUUUUUUUCUAUUUUAAUGUAUCAUUCGCAAUCUCGUUCACCGUAUUAUUUUUAUUGGAAGGAACUAUAUUACAAUAAAUGUUUUGUUUGUUUAGAUGUGUUGAAAAGCAAUACAUACAAACAGAUCCCAUGCUGGCUGUACUUCUAUUUUCAAUGCGUGGGGAGGGGGGUUUUAAAAAUCAAGAGCCUCUGGUGAAUGCAGAACCAGAACACCAG